CCCAGCCGCGCUCUCAGGUCUGGAGGAGGACGACUCAGUUUUUAUCACACAUUCACCAUCAGAAACAGCUGCCCCGAAGACUGCACUGCAUCCCGCCUCCAUACGGUGCGAUGACCUCACUCAGCCUGUUCCCCUGGCUAUGCACCAUCAUCAUCCUACAAGUCUGCUUUUCCAGCCAGCUGGAGGACAACAAGAUCCCUCCCAGUCUGUGCACUGGUCACCCUGGCAUCCCAGGCUCUCCUGGGAAUCAUGGAAAUCCCGGUCAGCCAGGGAGAGACGGACGAGAUGGGAGGGAUGCCGCUCCGGGAGAGAAAGGCGAGAAGGGAGACAGGGGACAUCCAGGUGAGACAGGAGAGCGAGGUCUGACUGGAGACAAAGGCUACCAAGGAGAGAAAGGGGAGAGGGGCCAGCCAGGAGAGUGCGCAGUGGCCCCUAAAUCGGCUUUCAGUGCUAAACUGUCUCAGAGCCAGACUUUACCCCUAAAUGUUGGGGACGCAGUCCUCUUUGACACGACAGUCUUCAACGAACAGGGGGACUACAACACAGAGACCGGACGCUUCACCUGCAAAGUCCCUGGCGUCUACUACUUUGCGGUCCACGCCACCGUUUACCGCGCCAGCCUGCAGUUUGACCUGAUGAAGAACGGACACGCCGUGGCGUCCUACUUCCAGUUUUAUGGCAACUGGCCCAAGCCGGCGUCUCUGUCAGGCGGCUCCCUGCUUCACCUCAUCCCCGGCGACCAGGUGUGGGUCCAAAUGGCCCUUUCAGAGUACAACGGGUUUUACUGCAGCACCAAGACUGACAGCACCUUCACUGGCUUCCUGGUCUACUCAGACUGGAAAAACUCUGCAGUUUUCGCAUGAGACGUGUGUAAAACACAAGCCACUCCCACACGGGCAAACGAAAAACAGCUUUAUUUUUACUUUUUCACUUUUCGUGGAUGAGAAGCUCUGCUUGAAGAAAAAUGAAUUGGCAGUGAGGCAUCCUGUCUCACACGGCUGCAUAAGCCGUAUUUUACUUGAACUGUAAAUAACGUACAAAUAAUGACAUUUAAUUUCACAUAUGUUCCCACACUGGCUUCUGGAAAGACCCCGGCCUUCAAUUCAAAAAGCUUUUAUGCCAUCACUGCACUGCAUAUAAUGAAACACUAACAAAUCUGUAAACCACAUAAAAGUCUCUCGACUGUCAUAAUUUUGCCCAGAUUUUAGCAGCAAAUGUUACAGAGGAGGCCAAAUUAUUUCCUGAGCAAAUUUAAUGCAACAUGUGAGAACAGCAGGUCGUUUUUUUGUUUUAUUUUGUUUUUAGGACUUCUACGUAUUCCUAUGUCCACAUUUAAACCUUUCCAACUCAAAUCAUGUUGAACCAAAGUCCAGAUGGUUGGAUGAAUGUUAGCUUUCCCACCUCCAAUUUUCCUUCUUCUUUCUAAACACAUAUGAACAUGAGAGAAAUCUCAUCGCUAAUCUUUAGAGUUUAGUACAAUGUCUGUCCAAUAUUUGUGAAGAACAAGACUUUCCUCCAGACACAGACAGAACAUUUCUGACAAAUGUUUCAAAAGCACAUUUAUGAGGUCAGACACUGAUGCUGGACAAGUUGCUCUAUUAAAUUUCUGCUCUAUUUAA